UAGGCAAGCUCAUCAAUGGGUUCUUCACCAAAAUGAAACUUCUGUUCUUCUCCUGUGUUCUGAGUAUUGCCAUUGCUGUCCCAGUACCUCUGGAUGACAGUGAUGGAAGUUCUAGUAGAGAGUGGCUGUCAUAUCGAUUCCCAUUUUAUCCACGGGUACCUCAGUUUCUUCCACCAUCCCCUCCGAUUCCGCCUAUGCCACUUCCGCAGCCUCCACCAUCCCCUCUGGGCUUCCCUUUUCCUUUUAAUCUGACAGGACUGGUUGUACCAUUUCCAUUUCCCUUUCCUCCUGGUCCUUCCUUUCCGGGUUUCCCAGUUGGGAAGGUCAGCCACUUUCACUUCCUCAUAGUCCUUGGACUUUUUAACACCAUUUCUGCAGCACUAUUGAUCAGCAUACUUAACACUUAA